GCGAUGCAUGACGGGAUCGUCCACUCCACGAUCCAAGAUGGCGUCCAUGUCGACCUCUCAUCUUAUGAGGGGAAUAACCCAUCAACAGCGAGUCCUUCGGCUUUACAGGAACUGCUUGAGACACAGCUUAUCCUGGAUCGUAGAUAGACAGGCAUGGAGGAAGGAAGCACUCAUGAUCAGAGCGCAAUUUGAGGCCAACAAACAUGAGACGGACCGCAAACGUAUCGCCAUGAUUAUGGAGCAGGCGGAGGCUGAAUUCGAGAGAAAGAAACAUCCAUACCCUUACACGUUCCCAACAGCUGCCGAGGGAUCAAAAUGGGAAAGAAAUACACCUCCACCACCACACGUGUUGGAACUGCUUCCACAAGAAGAGGAAUGGUUGAAGGAAAUGACAGAUUAUGCUAACUACAAGAUUGACUAAAGAUCUCCUAGACUCUAUUGUACAGAAUUCAUCACAGGUUUUGCCUGCCCUCCUUAUUGUCCAGUUAGUUAUUAUGUGAAUGUUUUUGGUAAUGACAUCUUUGUAUUUAAAUACUGACUCGACCCAACUUUGUGAAAGAAUAAAAGUUUAAUUUUAAUUCAA